AUGCAAGAACUUCUCACCGACUCGGAAUCAUCUAUUGUCCUCGCUGGCAAGUUUAUCCUUGAUACCAUCCGCCAACUACCCUUUGCAGAUGACUUCCUCCGUACAGUCCGGCCCACCGACCUAUCGACGACAGCUAUUUCACCGAGACAGGAGAUGACUGAUGACCAAUCUGUCGCCUCGAUAACGCGUACGUCUGAAGCUUUCCUCCAAGCAGCUUCUACGUUCUUCGAAGCUCACAUUUCCGAGACAGUCUCUUCAUUCAGUCUACGCGAAUUUGACGCCGCCGAGGUCGUGUCUCGCUUCAAAUUGAAAGACGUGAUCAAAUGCUCAAAGUGUACCACCAACCUCGGUUUGGCUACGAUCCUAGUCGACAGCGCUCACAUUCAUGGGAUGAGAUUGCCAGAUAUGUCACCAUAUUUAGCCCAAUCUACGGCACUCUUGAAAAGGUUGAUUUUCAAAGCACAUCUAGAAGCGUAUUACAAAGGUGAGCACGAUAUAUUACAUCAUCAGAACAUAAGGUAUGACAAUGAAUGCUCCGCAUCCCCAAACCAGGCACACGACCCUCACGAAACACUACUACUGUCUAGGUCGGGUAGUACAGACGCAGCGGAUCAUAAUCUAGCACUCUGGGCCCCUCUUGCUGGCGACUCCAAUGAAUCGACCCCUGAACCUCUCGUCUCCUGUCUCACCCCUCACCUUUCCGUCACCAGUGACAGCACUCUCGACCCGCGAAGCCUCCACCAGGUCUACUAUCAGCCUUCUCACUAUGAUUCAAGCACCGCCGUGGCCGAAUACUAUAAUCGCUACACAAAUUAUCUCACAAGUGCCGUUCAAGCACAAUCUCCACUCGCAUCUGAAUCUCCUUUAGCAUGCCCGCUUUCAUCAAUUGAAUCACAUCGUCCCGCUCCGACCGAAUUUACAACCGGCACAAGUUCGUUGGCGGAGGCGAAGAAGUAUGACAAGAUCGGACCAAUGUCUUCCACACUCGAUACUAAUAAAAUUACCACCCAUUAUCUUCCGAACGAGCAGCUGAUAAGUGCAGCUGAAAUACACACAUUAUAUACAGCCGUUGCCAUAAUAGAGGUCAUGAAAGGGUUCCGCGAAUGCCCACAGCUGGGGGAUUUAUCCAGUUUCCGUACGGAUCUUCCACGUUUACAGGGUAGUGAUAUUCCUGGGCCGGAGAUGCUGCAAAGCGUGGAAAGGGGACAACAAUCCUUCUCAGAUGGGAUGAACUUUAUCAUAGCUGCAAGUGGAAAUAAGACGCUUCCCAACUACAGGCUUGUCUCGAGAAUGAUCAUCGCGAUGGGUCUGGAAAGGCUUCCGGGCACGAGGGUAGACGUGAUCACUUCCUUGAAUGAGGCAAUCCUGACAUCGGGUAAAGUGAUUGAAAGAAUUCGUGGCAAGUUGUCCUUACACACGGGAGAUAUGCAUCCUUCAUUCCAUGGUACAGGAUCCGGAUCGGAUGACACUGAUAAGACUGACAAGUCAGUCAUGCCCGACCAAUGUCAAGGGCCAUCAAGAUCCAGUACUGAUUCGGCUCCUCCAUUCCCAUCUGAACACCCAGAAGGCGCCCUUUCAGAGCUUCUGCCCCGCCCUGGCGCUGAUGACAAAAUUGCGGACAGGAUCAGCGACGACGAAUUGACCAAGUGGGAGAGGUGGUCACAAGGUCUACCACAAGUCAGUGAUGUUAGGACAAUAUCCGAACCCUCAAGGCCUUCUCUUAUAAACGGGCUCACAUGGAGCGAGCUACUGGACGAAGCAUGCAGCAGACCGUCAGAGUGA